AUGGAAAAAUUCCUAAACUUUCCACCGUUCAAGUGCCAGGGACUCCCAGAGCACACCCUAAGAGAACAAUGGGUUGAAUGGAAGCGAGCGUUUGACAAUUAUAUUGUAACUAUUGGGAUAACAGACCCGACAAAGAUGAAAAGCACCCUCCUAACUCUAGGAGGUAUUGAAUUACAACGCGUUUUCUAUCGGAUUCGCGGAGCUGAUGUUAGUGCUGAUCCAGAGUUAGGAAUAGAUCCAUAUAAGAUAGCUGUGCAGAAAUUAGAUGCAUAUUUCACACCGAAACGACAUGAUUCAUAUGAACGGCAUAUGUUCUGGACACUGAAGCCACGUCCGGAAGAAACUCUCCACCAGAGAGCGAUGAGAGUAAUCGAACAGGCUGACAAAUGCGACUUUGGAGACUCAAAGGAAGCUAGUCGUUCUGCAGCUAUAAUUGAUAAAAUCAUGAUGUUGGUUCCAGAUGAUCUUAGGAAGAAAAUGUUGGCACGGAACAAUUUGACAGUCGAAUCAGUGUUAAGAAUAGUGAUCACUUACCAAACAGUUGAAGGGCAAAUGAAAGAUUUCUCCGACUCAAAGGAUGAUGCUGGAACUGAUGUGAAUGCAAUAAAAGGACUAAAACCCUGGAAAUCCGGCCUGUCGAAAUGCUUCCGUUGUGGAAGACAGCACAAUUUCUCAAGGCAAGAAGAUUGUCCAGCUUUUGGGAAGGAAUGCAAUAAAUGUCACAAAAUGAACCAUUUUGCGGCAGAGUGCAAAAGUCGGGAAAAUCAGAAGAAGAACCUAAAGAGGAAGAAUGAUGAUUCAAGGAAGGACAACCACAAUGAUGCUAAAGACUCGAGUGAUAACAAAAAGAGACGAAUCCGGGUGGUGGAAGAUGACAAAAAUGAAGAUUCUGAAAACAGUUUCAUAUUCAACAUUGGUGAAGGGGACGAGUACGUUUGGUGCAAAAUUGGAGGUGUGCUAGUAGAAAUGCUGAUAGACUCUGGAUCAACCCACAAUGUACUUGAUGAAAAGACAUGGGAAUACCUAAAGAAGAAUGGAGUGAGAAUUACAAAUGCUACCACUCAGUGUGAUCAAAAACUAAAAGCAUACGGUCAAGAUUCUCACCUUCAUAUUCUUGGAGGAUUUGACGCAGCUGUAUCUGUUGAUGACAAUGGAACGGAAUACGAGGCAUACGCCAAUUUUUUGGUAGUCAAAAAUGGGUCACAGCCGCUAUUGGGAAAAACUACAGCAAAAGAACUGAAUUUGCUCAUUUUGGGAUUACCAAGUACGCGCGACACAAACUUGAAUGUGAUUCCCAUGGAAAACAAGAAAACGCCAUUUCCCAAGAUUAAGGGAGUCAAGUUACGUAUUCCGAUAGAUGAAAGUAUCACUCCAGUAUGUCAGCAUCCACGAAGACCCCCGAUUGCACUACUGGGGCGCGUAGAAGAAAAACUUAAGGAACUGCUCCGUUUGGAUAUCAUCGAGGAAGUGACGGGCCAUAGCCCUUGGGCUUCACCAUUGGUGAUUGUUCCAAAGGGGCUCGAUGAUAUUAGACUUUGUGUGGACAUGAGGGUAGCGAACAAGGCUAUUAAGAGAGAACACAGACUGAUGCCAACCUUUGACGAUUUCUUGCCACAAUUGAAGAAUGCCAAGAUAUUCAGCAGACUAGACAUUAAGGAUGCAUUUCACCAAGUGGAGAUUGACGAACGAUGUCGGAAUAUUACCACGUUCAUUACACAUCAGGGUGCAUUUCGGUACAAGCGCUUAAUGUUUGGAAUAUCUUGCGCACCUGAAUUAUUUCAACGCACCAUGGAGCAGAUGUUGGCGAAAUGUCCCAACACAAUCAUCUAUAUUGACGACCUUGUAAUUUUUGGGGAAAACAAUCAGGAACAUGAUGAAGCUGUUCAGAGAGUACUACAGCGACUCAGAGAGCAUAAUGUUCUUCUUAAUCACAAGAAGUGCAUUUUCAAAGUACAUGAAAUUAUAUUUCUUGGACACCGCAUCUCAGCGGAAGGAAUCCGCCCAGCUAAGGAUAAAAUUGAGAGCAUCAGAUCUUUUAGGGCACCUACUACUAAAGAAGAGCUACGCAGCUUCCUGGGUCUUGUCAAUUAUAUGAGUAGGUUCCUAGAAGACUGCGCUACAAUUACACAUCCACUCCGUCUGCUAACUCAUGACAAGGAACCUUUCAAGUGGGAAUCAGUACAUGACAAAGCCUUCCAGACUCUGAAGGAAAUGAUAAUGGGUUGCGAAACAUUGGGGUAUUUUGACAAUAAUAGACGUACUCGCGUAAUUGCUGACGCAUCUCCUGUAGGACUGGGUGCAGUCCUAGUACAGUACGAGGACGAUGAAGAAGUGAAACCCAUUAUAAUUGCCUUUGCCAGUAAAAGCCUCUCCCCGACUGAACAAAGAUAUUGCCAGACGGAAAAAGAGGCUUUGGCUCUAGUAUGGGCAGUGGAAAAAUUUUCAACGUAUCUUCUUGGAAGGGUUUUCGAACUGGAAACGGACCAUAAAGCGCUAGAAGUCAUUUUUAGACCAACAUCUAAGACAUGUGCCCGGAUUGAAAGGUGGCUUUUGCGCCUGCAAUCCUUCCAGUUCAAGGUGAUCUACAAAAAGGGAUCAGAUAACAUUGCUGAUUGCCUUUCAAGAUUGCCAACUCAUAAAGAGCAGGAGUCAUUUGAUGAGGAGGACGAACAUCUGGUGAGAGCUAUAGUGGAAUCAGCUGCCAUAGAUGUUACGGAGUUGGACAAUGCCGCAGAGCGAGAUCCUGUCAUGAAAGAACUCCGGACGUGUGUAUUGUCCGGCAAGUGGUCUUCAUCCCUCAAAGAGUUCCAGGCAUUUAAGGAUGAGUUCAGUACUUCGGGUAAUCUGGUAAUUCGAGGAUCUAAAAUUGUCGUACCAUCUCUACUCCGGCCACGAAUGCUAGCUCUCGGACAUGAAGGCCAUCCGGGGGAAACUGCCAUGAAACAAAGACUAAGGAGUCGUGUGUGGUGGCCUGGAAUGGACAACGAUGUUGUGAAGACUGUUAAGUCUUGUGAGGGAUGUCGAUUGGUGAGUCGUCCAGACCAUCCUGAACCAAUGACGCGUCGGGAACUUCCAAGUGCUCCUUGGGUGGACGUAGCUAUUGACUUUAUGGGUCCACUUCCCUCCGGAGAACAUCUAUUGGUUAUUGUGGAUUACUUCAGUCGAUAUAAGGAAGUGGAAGUGAUGAACUGCAUAACUGCUAGAGGGACAACAAACCGUCUGGAGAGAAUUUUCACUCGCAUGGGCUAUCCCCGGACUAUCACAGUCGAUAAUGGCCGACAGUUUACUAGUGAAGAAUUUGAUUUGUUCUGCCAAGAGCGAGGAAUUUGUAUCAAUCGAACGACCCCGUAUUGGCCUCAGAUGAAUGGGGAAGUUGAACGUCAAAACCGUUCUCUUUUGAAAAGAUUGAAAAUCAGCCAUGCCCUAAAUAGGAACUGGAAACAAGAUCUGCAGAAAUAUCUUCUAAUGUACUACACAACUCCUCAUACUACCACGGGGAAGACACCUACCGAGCUAUGCUUUGGGCGGACGAUUCGCAGCAAAAUCCCCUCGCUAAGUGAUGUGGAGACAACACCUCCUAGCACCGAUUACCGUGACCGCGAUAAAAUUUUGAAAGAAAGAGGGAGAAUGGCGGAGAACAAGAAGAGAGGAGCCAAGAAGUCAGGAGUCCAGAUUGGUGAUACGGUGUUGAUGAAAAAUGUUCUUCCUGACAACAAGUUAUCGACUACCUUUGGAAGAAAUAAAUUCAUCGUUAUCGAGAAGGCAGGGUCGACGGUUAAAGUGAAAGAGAUAAACACUGGCAAGACUUAUAGUCGCAACUCUUCCCACUUCAAGAAAGUACUGGAGGUCAACAAUCCAGAUGUGGAACAGACUGGAACUGCAGGGAGUGGAAACGACAGUGACUUAAACCUGGACCUGGAUGAGGCAGAAGACAAUACCCAAGCGGCCUCUGACCACGAGAAUGCCGAUCAUCAGAGACCGAAUCGAAGUUCUCGGAAACCAACACGGUUCCAGGACUUCAUCAUGAAUUGA